AUGAAGAAAUAUGGGAACGCCCUCCCCUCGAUGGAAUUCUUGCCAAUAUGUAUCGAAGUUCUCGGCCCGAUGGACCCCAACACCCUUAAAUUUCUUAAGGCAAUAUGUAAAAUGAUCAGCGUCAGAUCAGGCGACAGCAGGGAACUGUUUUUCGCAACUAACCACAUUUCGUGCUUGUUGCAGCGGUUCCUGCGUGAACCAUCGGGCAUUGCGGCGCACGACGGUAAGCGCCCUGACGGGUGUACCUUGAUCCCUUGGAGAGCCGGCAGGUGCUUGGCGUGGGACGUUACCGUUCCGGGCACCUUUGCUGAGCGCUACGUGCAGCUUACUAGCAAAGAGUACGACGGAGCUCUCCCCUCGAUGGAGUUUUUACCGAUUUGUAUCGAGGUCCUCGGCCCCAUGGACCGUAACACCUCCGGGUUUUUCAAUCGGAUUUGUAAAAAUAUCAGUAUUAGGUCAGGCGAUAGUAGGGAAUAUUUUUUUGCUAUGAAUAAUAUCUCGUGCAUUCUGCAGCGGUUUUUGCGCGUCUGUGUGUUGGAAAAUGUGGAGUUGAAUGCCGACGGGGUUGAGUGA